AGACUGUUGUAUAUAACACUUUGUUUGCUCCUCCCAUCAUUGUCCAACGUGAAGGAAGCUGAGAGACUGUGAGGGUAUUACAAAGAAGUCAACUAGUAAUUGUUACCGUAAUGUCUGCUUCCCGGUUCGGUAGUAACGAGCUGAAUGGUAUGCCCGUACCGAAGGGAGGGGCUGCAGCUUCUCAACACAGCCAGAACGGACCAGCACCGAAUAAAAUGCAGCUGGCAUCGGGCUUUGGGCCUUCACAGAAUUUUACUGUUCAUCCAAUACGUCACUCUCAGGCACCCUACAGUGGAGCUCCUCCAUCCAAGAAUCAGUACGGUACAAAUUACUACCAAGGUGGUUUGCAAAUGACAGCUGGAGACAUCAGACAACCCCAACCCAAUGUAGGGCCUACUUCCAUGGGUCUUUAUCAAGGUCCUCCCCAGGCAUAUGUCAGGACACCUCUACAACCAGAGCCCAUGGCCACAUAUUUAGGUUCUAACCCAGGAACUGUCGGUGUGCAUCCUUUGUAUCAGACUGGUACUUCUCUACCAUCCAGUUAUCAGCCAGUUGGUGGAAGUUAUGGCAGCAAUACCUCCUACUAUGCUACUACACCUGGAUCUGUUCAAGGAUUGCCUUCUCAACCUGGGCAGUAUGUACCAUCUGCUAGUUUGGGGGAUACCCACCCUGUUCCCCUUUCGUCUGUUCCUGUCAGCCAGUAUGGACAGAUGUUUUCCUCUCCUGCACAAUCUGCUGCAGGGCAGCUUCCCACAGGCAUGUUGCCCACAGCAGUUCCUUCUGUAACUCAGUCACUGCGGCCUCAACAAGGACCUUUGGCGUAUCACUCAGGUUCUCAGUCCGUUUCAGCUGCUGUGUCUUCAACUCCAGUCAGCAUAAACAGCAGUAUUAGUGCUUCAGUAGCCACCGUAACUAACCAAGGAUAUACAGCUGCUUCAGUCACAGGCCUUAUGAAUCAGAAUAUUCAGUUCACCAAACCUAAUGUGGGACCACCACCUAGCCUUCCUACAAGCGCUGUAGUACCAGGGCCACCUUCAACUAAUUCCGUCUCUGCUACCACAUAUCUUUCUUCUGCAGCUGGAAUGCAGUAUGGAUGUGUUGCUAAUAAUGGAACUAGCUGUGCACCAACUCCCUUGUCAUCAAGUUCAGAUGAUGAGGACGAGGAGGAGGAAGAAGCAGGCAUUGACAGUUCUUCAACAAGUAGUGCUUCUCCUGUACCGAAUAGCUAUGAUGCUCUAGAAGGAGGGGGUUACACAGAGCAACCUCCAGUGUCCUCAUCAGCAAUUACACCCCCAGCUUCUCAAACAUCAAAUAUGGCAAAACCUUUUGGAUAUGGCUAUCCUGCUUUGCAGCCAGGUUACCAAAAUACACCAUCACCGCAAGCUCACUCUAAUUUGCUGUCUAGUAAUGUUGGUCCUUCUGGGUUUCAGCAGUCCAUACAGCCUUAUUCUAACACUGAUCAAUUGUCGGCAUCAUUAGGAGGAUUAAGCCUACAUCAGUCUCAGCAGCCAGAAGGCCUGCGUCCAGUCAACCUAAUACAGGACAGGAAUAUUCUGCCUCAUGCGCCAGUCAUUCCUGUUGUACCUAACUUGAAUCCUCAAAUGAAGAAAUUGAAUUGCAAUCCAGAUUUGUUCCGAUGUACUUUGACAAAUAUUCCUCAGACGCAAGGGUUGCUAAAUAAAGCCAAGCUUCCUUUAGGUUUGCUACUUCAUCCAUUCAGAGACUUAACGCAGCUGCCAGUUAUCACAUCUAGCACUAUUGUGAGGUGUCGUUCCUGCAGGACGUACAUUAACCCGUUUGUGUCAUUCCUUGAUCAGAAAAGAUGGAAGUGUAAUAUUUGCUACAGAGUAAAUGACGUUCCCGAAGAGUUCAUGUAUAACCCUUUGACACGAUCAUAUGGGGAACCUCAUAAGAGACCAGAGGUUCAAAAUGCAACUGUGGAGUUUAUUGCAUCUUCAGAUUAUAUGCUGCGUCCUCCUCAGCCUGCUGUUUACUUGUUCAUUCUAGAUGUUUCACACAAUGCAGUGGAAUCUGGUUAUUUGAAUACUUUCUCUCAGUCCUUGCUGGAGACGUUAGAUAAACUGCCUGGGGACUCGAGAACAAAAAUAGGUUUUGUAACUUUUGAUAGUACGGUUCAUUUCUAUAACUUGCAAGAAGGUUUGUCCCAACCUCAGAUGCUAAUUGUUUCUGAUAUUGAUGACGUGUUCCUGCCGACUCCUGAUAGUUUACUUGUCAAUUUACACGAAAGUAGAGAGCUGAUAACAGAUUUAUUGAAAGCUUUACCAAAUAUGUUCUGCAGUACACGGGAAACUCACAGUGCCCUAGGCCCUGCCCUUCAGGCUUCAUUUAAGCUGCUUUCUCCAACGGGUGGUCGAAUGUCGGUAUUCCAGACACAGCUACCAUCUCUGGGUGCAGGUUUGCUGCAUUCCAGGGAGGAUCCUAACCAAAGAUCAAGCACAAAGGGCAUACAGCAUCUUGGACCAGCCACAGACUUUUACAAGAAAUUGGCCUUAGACUGCUCAGGACAACAGAUAGCAGUGGAUCUUUUCUUGUUAAGUUCCCAGUAUUCUGACUUAGCAUCAAUAGCUUGUAUAUCAAAGUAUUCCGCUGGCUGCAUCUACUAUUAUCCAUCUUUCCAUCAUAUUCAUAAUGUAUCACAGACAGAAAGGUUACAGAAGGACCUAAAACGUUACCUCACCAGAAAGAUUGGUUUUGAGGCUGUCAUGAGAAUACGAUGCACAAGAGGUCUUUCAAUACACACAUUUCAUGGGAACUUUUUUGUACGUUCAACUGACUUGCUGGCCCUUGCCAAUAUCAAUCCUGAUUCUGGGUAUGCAGUACAGAUGUCAGUUGAUGAGAGUUUAGCAGACACAUCUCUGGCUUGCUUUCAAGCAGCCCUUUUAUAUACUUCAAGCAAAGGUGAACGUAGGAUUCGAGUGCAUACUUUGUGUUUGCCUGUUGUGCACUCGCUCGCUGAUGUGUAUGCAGGAGCAGAUGUUCAAGCAAUUACAUGUCUUCUAGCAAGCAUGGGUGUUGAUCGGUCUGUUACAGCAAGUCUUUCAGAUGCUAGAGAUGCUUUGGUGAAUGCUGCAAUCGAUUCUUUAUCAGCUUAUCGUUCAACUGUAUCAAAUCUGCAGCAGUCUGCAUUGAUAGCACCCCAUUCCCUCCGACUGUUCCCUCUGUAUAUUUUGGCACUGCUUAAACAGAAAGCAUUUCGAACUGGUACAAGCACUCGUCUAGAUGAACGUGUGUUUGACAUGUGUGAAAUGAAAUGUCAGCCAGUUGCUCAUCUAAUGCGCUUGAUUCAUCCCAGUCUGUACAGAAUCGACAGACUUUCUGAUGAGGCUUCUAUCCAUGUAAAUGACAAAGUUGUGCCACAGCCACCUCUACAGCAGCUUUCUUCAGAGAAGUUAACAAGAGACGGGGCGUUUCUAAUGGACUGUGGUGUGGUAUUGUAUUUGUGGGUUGGAAAAAACUGCAAGGAAGCCUUCAUAAGUGAGGUGCUUGGCUAUCCUAACUAUGCUGCCUUACCCAUGAAACUGACGCAGCUUCCAGAAUUAGAUAACCCACUAUCUGAAAAAACAAGAGCUUUUGUGUCCUGGCUUAGAGAAAACAGAUGUCUAUAUCCAGUUCUUCAUGUUAUCAAGGAUGAAGCUCCUGCAAAAACAGAAUUCUUCCAACAUUUGAUAGAAGACCGGAUGGACUCAGGACUUUCAUACUAUGAGUUUCUUCUCCAUAUCCAACAGCAAAUCACCAAGUGAAUGAGUAACAUGUCAUGGUGUGCUUGGGUUACUCAGCUCUCAUCAGCAGUCCAUUAGUAAGGGCUGCAGAAGAAAGUCUGUCGAACAUGGAAUUAAAGUGGAUAUUUAAGAUUGAAGAGUCUUGCAGCUAAAAGGAGACGAGUGUGUUCAGAUACAACUUUCAAAGAGAAUAUUGAGAUGAGUUAGUGUGCAGCACAGGGAUGGAUGCAAGAGUGCUGUUAACACUGAUUGUAAUGGACAUCCGUUUAUUCCAUUCCCGAUUAUAGUUCUGGAGAUGACACUAUGCCCUCUUGCUGUAAUUUUUCAGAUUCAUUGCUUUUCUUAACAUAUUUCUUAAUGAAAUGGAAAAAAUUAGCAGUAAAACAUUUUUGUACUUGUUGGCUGCCAACAGAAUUAGAAUAUAAUAAAAAUUCUGGACAAAUCAGUCCGCAUCACUGCAAGAAUUCUUGCACGCUUACUGAACUCUAAUGAUGCUAAGCAAGGGCGGAGGUAAAAAGUGUUUAUAUCUAUAUAUAUAUAUAAAUAUAUAUAAAAUACAUAUAUUAUUUUUAAUAAGUGCAUAAAAUGCUGAGAAAAAUCCACUGAUUACUACACUGUUGAGACAUUUAUAGAGAUCGCCUGUUGUACAUAGCAAAAUAGACUUUGUAAUAAAAAUGUUAAAAAGUG